AGGUCUGCUGUGGAAGCACUGCCCUCUCCCUUCGUGACCCCUAGCCUUUCCUCCCUACCCUGCUUCCCUCCCUCUCUCGCUGUCGCUUCAGGCGCCGCUGCUCCCGGCGGAGCUCCCGGCUCGGGGAUGGGGUCGCGGGCUUCCACUUUAUUGCGGGACGAAGAGCUGGAGGAGAUCAAGAAGGAGACUGGCUUUUCGCACAGUCAGAUCACCCGCCUCUACAGUCGAUUCACCAGCCUGGACAAAGGAGAGAACGGGACUCUCAGCCGGGAAGAUUUCCAGCGAAUUCCAGAACUUGCCAUCAACCCACUGGGGGACCGGAUCAUCAAUGCCUUCUUUCCAGAGGGAGAGGACCAGGUAAACUUCCGUGGAUUCAUGAGAACUCUGGCUCAUUUCCGACCCAUUGAGGAUAAUGAAAAGAGCAAAGACGUGAACGGACCAGAACCUCUCAACAGCCGGAGCAACAAACUGCAUUUUGCUUUUCGACUCUAUGAUUUGGAUAAAGAUGACAAGAUUUCCCGGGACGAGCUGUUACAGGUGCUUCGCAUGAUGGUUGGGGUGAAUAUCUCAGAUGAGCAGCUGGGCAGCAUCGCAGACAGGACCAUCCAGGAGGCUGAUCAGGAUGGGGACAGCGCCAUAUCUUUCACAGAAUUUGUCAAGGUUUUGGAAAAAGUGGACGUAGAACAGAAAAUGAGCAUCCGAUUUCUUCACUAAAGGACUGAGACCAAAUUGUCCCCAUCUUUCUAGUAUUUAAAAGAACUGGAACUUGAGAGGUCCUUCCAUCCACCAGCCCUACCUCCUUCCCAUCAUUCCCCUUCUCCCAGAGUACUACUGCUGCAUGACCCCCAGGUACUUCCCAUCAACCUAAGCCUGCCUUUGGUGUUAGACAAGGCAUUACAGAGUGGUACACACCCAGCCUGUUUGUUUUCAGCAUCUGAUCAUUGGUUCUCCAUUCAGAAAUAGCAUCUUCCCAUGUUCUGCUGAAUGGCACAUGUGUCCAGUCUGAGAAAACGAGAGGAAGAGUCGUGCCAAGUACCAGCCAGCAAAGCUCUUUGAUGGUAGCCAUGCUGCCUGCCUUCCAGCUAAGCUCUGGCAUGCACCUUCCUCCUCUUAAGAAAAAGCCCUUUGUUUCUUACUUUUCCAUCACCCAUCAUGCCAUUCACCUGCUCUGUCGGUCUCCUUGCUUUUUAUGAAGCCUCAGACGCCUGCUGUUCACGUGGCACCUCACGCUUUAACUGUUAAAUACUCUCCGGCUUGGCAGGAUAGUUCAGUGGCCUGGCAGUUUUUAGCUACCUUUCCUCAUAAAUGGGUGUCUGGGAUCUCACUUCUCCAGGAACUUUUCAGUCACCAGCACAUCUGUCUGAAGAAUGGGACCCACCUGAUGGUCCCCGCUCUCCGCUCGGCUGGUCAUCAAAGAGCUGUUAGAUGGGCAUGUUCUUCUUGAAAGCUGGUGGCCUUUGCUGAGAGGUAUAGAGCCCACUCUUCCAAGUGGCUGUGCUCAGGUCACCCUACCUCUGGUCGCUGACCCUCAACAUCUCUAUUUGCAGGACUGCUCUUGCUAGUGCGGUGUUGACUUCAGAAUAUACCAUCUGCCUGCAUCGUUCGCUUAGUUUGGGGCACACUCACCACCAGAAUGGCUGUUUGUGCAAUAUGCUUGGGGACUUUCUCAUGGCUCUUUCGAGAAACCUCGGUCACCCUAUAAAGCUUCCUGUAUUCACACCUCUGCAGCAGGGUUUAUGCUUCAGUGUUUUGUGCACUGGAAUGUUUUUCACUUCAAAUUUCCAAGUAGAAAGAUUAGUGUUAAGGAAGUGCCUAAACUUAUCCCAGUCUAAGAGAUGUAAAGCGUGUCCUCAGUGUCUUGAUGUUUUGCACAAAAUUCUCUUAAGAAUUUCACCCUUGGAAAGUGAUUAUACUGGAAGCCAUAGUCAGCUCCUCGGACAGGUCAAAGCAUUGAAUGUAUUGUUAACAUUAGCUGCCUGGUGACACUGGCUCCCUAGCGCCUCGUGCGGACCACAGGAAACCCUCAGAAACACGGGCCUGCGUUGAUAACCAAGUGGAGGCCUCUAAGCAAGACAGAGCAACUUCUCUGCCAAAGUCAGCUUUGUUGAGACCUCAUUGAAUAGGGCUCGGGCCAUUCCUGCAUCUGUCUGCAUAAGUCCAUUCAUCUAUAUAUCUACUCUUGGCUGACUUUCUCUGAGUCUUUGUGUGCUUGCUUGCUUGUUUCCUUGCUGUGGACGGUGAUCUGAGAUGUACACACCAUUUUCAGGAAGAGAAUUACUGAAGAAUACCACUGCAACGACAUGGGGGAGGGCGAGGGAGGGAGGUAGCCGGCUGUGUGACUCGAGUAUAAACAAAUGAUGAAUUCUUAUGAAGGAACAGUCUGACCAAGUGAUGUCACACAGGAAUUGUAUGAAUGAGAAGAAGUAUCCGAUACUGGUCUGUUAGAGCAGUGCUUCAGAGAAGUACUUUGCUUGAUGCACAUAUUUAUAAUUCCUAAGAUCAUGACUACCCUCCUGCCCUUCCCCCACCCCCGCCCCCGCCCCUCUGGCUGUAUAGCAAACUAUUUUAAUCCACAGUUGUGCCUUAUUGUUCCAUUAAAAUGGUAUUCUUCAUUAAUAAAUAAUUGUGGUUAAAACAAAAA